UUUGUCUGAGUCUCUCCGUUUCUGAAACAUUCAACUGAAUCCAGGCAGCUUUUUCUCAACAACAGCAGAAUAUCUGCCAAACACCGAGUGCCGAUAUGUCUGCUGCCAGCUGUCUUCUCACUGAAGAUCAGUUUCGGUGCUCCAUCUGUCAGGAUGUGUUCACUGAUCCAGUCACCGUACCAUGUGGACACAACUUCUGUAAAAACUGCAUCACUCAACACUGGGAUAUUAAUGUCCCCAAUCAAUGUCCCAACUGUAAUAAGGAUUUCCACACAAGACCUGAGCUACAGAUCAAUACUUUCAUCUCUGAGAUGGCUGCUCAGUUCAGACAGUCAGCUCAACAGAAAGCCAGCAGAAGCUCAGAGCAACAAGUGUCCAAACCAGGAGAAGUUCCCUGUGACGUCUGCACUGGAACCAAACUGAAGGCCCUGAAGUCCUGCCUGGUGUGUCUGGUCUCCUACUGUGAGACUCACCUGGAGCCUCAUCUGACAAUGACAGGCCUGAAAAGACAUCAGCUGAUCGACCCUGUGGAGAACCUGGAAGGCAGGAUGUGUACGAAGCACGAUAAACCGCUGGAGCUGUUCUGUAAGACAGACAGGAUGUGCGUCUGUAUGCUCUGCACUAUUUUAGACCACAAGACACAUGAUGUUGUUCCUCUGAAAGAAGAAUAUGAAGGAAAGAAGGUCGAGCUGGGGAAGACAGAGGCUGAAAUUCAGCAUAUGAUCCAGAAGAAACGACUGAAGAUUCAGGAGAUCAGACACUCGGUGGAGCUCAGUGAGGAAGAUGCAGACAGAGAGAUAGCAAAAGGUGUUCAGGUCUUCACCGCUCUGAAGGAGUCUGUUGAGAGAAGCCAGGCCGAGCUCAUCGAGACGAUAAAAGAGAAGCAGAGAAAGACGGAGAAACAGGCUGAAUGCUUCAUCAAAGAGCUGGAACAGGAAAUCUCAGAGCUGCAAAAGAGAAGCACUGAGGUGGAGCAGCUCUCACAGUCUGAAGACCACCUCCACCUCCUCCAGAGAUUCACCUCCCUGAACGCUGCUCCACCCACCAAGGACUGGACACAAGUCAGCAUCCGUCCACCUUCAUAUGAGGGUACUGUGGUGAGAGCUGUGGCUCAGCUGGAGGAGACGCUCAGUAAACAGAUGAAGAAGCACUUUCAUAUUGAGCUGAAGAGGGUCCAGCAGUCUGCAGUGGAUGUGACACUUGAUCCUGAUACAGCACAUCCUGAUCUCAACCUGUCUGACGAUGGAAAACAAGUUCAACAUGGUGACGUGAGAAAGGCUCUCCAAGACAGCCAAAAGAGAUUUGAUACUUAUGUUAAUGUCUUAGCAAAGCAGAGUUUCUCUUCAGGAAGAUGUUACUACGAGGUUCAGGUUAAAGGGAAGACUCACUGGACUUUAGGAGUGGCCAAAGAGUCAAUCAACAGGAAGGGAGUCAUCAUAACGAACCCUCAGAAUGGUUAUUGGACGAUAUCUUUAACGAAUAAAAAUGAGUGCAACGCUCGUGCUGGUCCUGAUGUCCGUCUCUCUCUGAAGUCUCCGCCUCAGAAGGUGGGGGUGUUUGUGGAUUAUGAGGAGGGUCUGGUGUCUUUUUAUGAUGUUGAUGCUGCAGCUCUUAUUUACUCCUUUACUGGCUGCUCCUUCACUGAGAAACUCUACCCAUACUUCAGUACAGGUCUCAAUAAAGGUGGUAAAAACUCUGCCCCUCUGAUCAUCUCUCCUGUCAAUCACACGGAGUAGAACAACCAUUUUGUAGCAUAAUGAUUGGUUGCCUUGCUCUGAGUGAGGCACACUCUGCUCCCCUGGCUAAUCUGACUGCAUGCUAUAAGGGCAGUGGGGUUGUCUUCUUGACAUCCUCUCCCUUUUGGAUGCCUAAGGGACGUGUCAUUCCCGGGUUGCCUCGCUUUCGGUACACCUUGCGGUUGUGCUCUCUGCAGUGUCUCCUUUUAGGGGGUCCCCUGCUGCACCAUGAAUCAUUGCUGGCUCCUACUGUAACUGUAACUGUACUGCUCCCCUUUUCCUGCCCCACAUGUUGAAAAAGGCUGCCUUGCAGGUUCUGAGUAGACUGCUUCACCAGUGCUGCGGUGGCUACACUAGGUGCCGUUUUUGCCUUCUGCCGGCUUUGCCUUUACUGGCUUUAUAUAUUAAUAUUCCAACACCACGUACAGUAUAUCUCUCUGUGUGCCAACGUGGUCGUCAUCUCUCUCUUUCAGCCUGACGUUUGUGGUCUUAACUGAAUGUGUGCAGACAGGGAGUCAUGAUUUAUGUUUAUUGUUAAAUGAUGUGUUAUGUAAUUUUCUUUCUUUCAAUGAAUAUUGUUUUUGUUUUUCUCAUUGUUUCUUGUGGUUAUUUUCAUGACGUUACAUUUGAUUUUCUGGAAUUCAAAUAUUUUCUUUUAUUCUGAAGAUUUUGCUUAGUUCUGCCAAACCAAAUAUGUAUUUGUUGCCAACUUAAUGUCUUUUGUUGCCAAUUUAUUUUGUUGUUUUGUAAGCUUGACGCAUCUGUUCUGUUUUUGUGUGUGCUACCGUUAGUGGUGUUCUCCCCUCUUCCCUCAAAGUCCCUAUACUUUAAAGGUCCAAUGUGUGGGUAUUUCUCCCAUCUAGCGUUGAGAUCAUAUAUCGCAAUCAACU